AUGAACAAUGUGCCAUUUCCAUUGAUUAUACCCAUUGACGAUGAGCAUCACAUAUACAAGGGAUUUAUAGCCAUCAAAAACAUUGAAUAUCACAUACAGCUUCAAUUGGGUCCUCAGGGCUAUCUGCAUGGCCAAGAGAAUCUAUCAAGGCUGUUUCAUGAUUAUCCACAAGCCAAAGAUCUAGUUGAAACAAAGCUGCAUCAAGCAACAGAUGUCAUGGCAUUCCUAAACGAGUUUAAAGAGAUUAUUGAAACCACAGCAAUCACAGAAAACAACAAAUUCAAUUACUCACAUGAUAGAUAUUUGCUAAUUUACAAUGAGGUCAAGAAAAUUGGAUUUGAAAAUGUAGAAGAAAUAUCGGAUGACAUGCUUCGGAUCACGCUGAAAACAGUUGACGGACAAGGCAGGAAGCAUCUCGUCAAAGUCGAUCUGCCAAGCAAUUAUCCAUUCGCAUCGCUCAAGGCAGAGUGGGAUUUACCAGUCGCCAUUUCGAACCACACCACACUAGCCAGCAUUUUAGCACAGCACCGAGCGUUUGUAAUUAAAUUCCAAUUAUUCUUUAACUGCAUGGAUGAUUUGGACAAGCACAUGAGGAUAAUAGAGCCGGACAAACCUAAAAGAAGCGACACAUGGAGGAGAAUAGCACUUGGACACCAUUGCUCCCUCGAGAUUCAGAUCAAUGCCGAAUCUCCAUUAGAUAUGAAACCAAAGAUUCGGUUCUUUGGAAGCGCCAACAGAGUCAGGGACCUUCAGAGCAAGUGGAAAGAGUCAGCAUGGAACAAGGCUUUGUCUAUACAUCAAAAUUUACUAGACUCGUUUCAAUUGGUCAGUAACAGCACAGAUGCUUACGAAGAUUAUACUACAACUGGGGACAUUGAGUGCGGCAUCUGCUAUUCUUAUAAAUUGAACAACAUAGACACGCCUGACAUUAUUUGCAGUAACACGUCGUGCAGUCGAGGGUUUCAUUACCAAUGCUUAUAUGAAGUGAGUUACUCAAAAUGA